CACAUUUCACACAGUGACGGUGGGUGGCCAUCUGUGCGGCCGAGCCUCAUGCGAGACGAACUUAGUCGCAACACCAUUGUGGGUGGAGUGCGCGUUGAGACCGCCAUUCAGCAGGUUGAAGAUGAACUUGCGAAAUGGCAGUGCAACAAGUACACGCACAUCACUCGAGCAGUCCCAGUUUCAGCGGUUUCAGCGGACCACAAGUCGGUCAUCAAACUGGAGACCAUUUUCAGCCGCCCAGCGCAGGAUUGCCCUGUGCCGGUGGCUGUGGUCUUUGUGUACUUCAACUUGGAUACGGCCACAGGGGCUUUGACGUACCAGUUUGAAGAGGAGAACGUUCAACACGAGGUAAGUGGUCAAAGUCUGGCACCUGGCAUGUACGAACGCUGGCUGGAUCGCAUCAUUGGCGAUAAGCUGCAGGUUCGACAGUUACACGACCUCGCUACAGCAUUUGAACAAACGCGCCUAGAGCCGCCGCCACAUAUCGAGGAACAGGCCGACUCCGCUCCCAUCGAUGCUGGCCCCCGACUUCCCACCGACCCCGCCGUGCCGGGCCCCGGGGGCCCCGGGGGCCCCGGGGGCCCCGGCCCCACUCCCAGCGGCCCUGGGGUGGCCGUGGGCGAAGCGGCAGAGGUGGAGAAAAUUGAGGCGGAGUUGGAUCUCAGCACGUUGCUGGCGAAUAUCUUUGAUGCAGCAGAUGAAGAGAACGAACUUGAACUCAGGCAUAAGGAAGUGGCAGAUCUACUCUACGCGACGCCAUUGGGUUUGACGGACUGGGAUAUUAAGUUGUUGCUCUCCACAGCUACGGAGUUUGAAACUGGCAGGAUAGAGUACAAGCCUUUCGUUGCAGCCGCUCCAGAGAUCAUUGAAGGGCUCCGCAAGCGCCGCGCCGCCUUCGAAGCCCGGAAGAGCGCCGCGGCCGCCGCCGAGGCGCCGGUGACGAUGGAGGCCAUCGAGCUGUGCUUCGGCGAAGAGAUCGAAGAAGUGGCCAGGACCAUGCGAGAAGCCUUCGGUCAAGUGGACCCAUCCAGCGUGGGAACCUUGACGCGUCACGAGUUCCGCAGCUGUUUGAUGUCGCGGAUGGAGCGGCUAUCCCUGCAGGAGGUACAGAUGCUGAUGCAGAUGUGCCGCGAAGACGAACAGGGAAACGUGCUGGUCUAUGAAGAGUUUCCCAUGCUGUUGCAACAGCUGCGUAUCGACGCCCUGCACAAUGCCUUAGUGGAGACGGAUAUCGCGGCCUUGCGAAUUCAUCUCAUUCUACUGGCAAGGCGGAUGGGCCUUCCAUCCGACAACAUUAUGCCGGUGUGGCACCUGCGAAACGUCCUGCUGGCCGCGGAUCAGCUGUGUCUGUCACGGACACAGAUCCAUGUAAUCCUGAGCAUCGUUCAUCCAGAUGAUAAUGGUGAUGUGGAGUUUGGCUACUUCUUGCGAGUAUGCUGCACGGUGAUCCCCUGGAUGUUCGACACCGCGGCCUUUGCCGAGAAGGCGGCGACCAUCGCCAAGGAGAAGGCGGACGCCUUGGCGAAACAGGAACUCGAGGAGUUGCAGGGCUUGUCCAGUAGUUUGGCCAACAAGAAGCGUGGCAUGGAUGAAGAAGAUCAGGAAGAUACCCAGCAGAAUGCCCCCGACCGCGACGCGGUGGAGAAAUCCCUGAUCCACGUGGGAACGCAAGCGGAUGACAAGCAUCGCAAUCCGCCCACGCUGGAGGUGCGGCGCUUUUUGGAGGCAAUGAAGCAGGAAGCCGAGAAGUGCCAGCUGUCUGAAUCUGAGUUGAGAGGCUUCGUGGCUGAGGCGGAGAUCGAUUCCAGUGGAGAUGUGGCAUACGUGGACCACAUCAAGACCUGGGUUCCCAUUUUGUUCGAGCUCCGGAAGUCCAUCAUCUACGAUGGCAUCCUGGCCAUGGAGUGGGGCCCCGAGUCCGAAGAGCUGGUGAACCUCUCCAGCUACGAGGCGCAGUUUCCACUGCACCAAGCCGGUGAGGAACGGCCCGGCUCGGCGGCCUCCUCGGCCAGUGGCAAACAGAAGAAGAAGUCCGGUCGCCCGGGCUCGCGCGGCUCCUCACGCAGCUACCGCAGCGAGAGUCAGAGCUCCCUGGGCAGCGAGAGGAGCGGCUCCAGAGCUGGUUCCAGACAACGAUGAGACAGUAAUUCUGCAAGAUGCAGGAGACUGCCUGGGCUGGGGCCUUGAUUUUUGGUCGGAC